UCUCGUGAACACUGACGUGGACUUCGAUGUUGACAACAUGGCGGACAGACGACAGACACCGCUUCGUGAUGUUUCUCAAACACCACCUCCGCUUCUUUUAAUGCCAGCAGGAACGGGAUUAACUUAUACCCCUUCUCCUAAAACAAACCUGCUUAUGCCUGUUUUACAGUCUGAAGCGUCAUUAUUAUCGGGUGAUGUUGAUGAUGGGGAAGCAGACAGUUUUGUUGGACAAUCACCUCCUCACACUUCAUCCUCUAAUAGUAGCCAGCACUCAGCAUAUGGCUUAUUCCAGCAGCCGCCAACAAGUUCAUCAGAUGAUCCAUUUGCCAAUAUCAGUCAGAUGAACACCCAGAUUGCCCCUCCACCCAGUUCCUCAAAUGUGCCACCAUAUAAUGUAAAUCAGGGGCCUCAAAGGAACCCCCCAGUAGCUCCAACAGGGUUUUACUCAGGACCUCCACCAGCUGGGCCACCCUCAUCAGGACCACCUCCUACAGGACCUUCAUCUACAGGACCACCACCUGCUGGAGCACCACCUAUGGGCGGGUCUUCUGGUAUCAAUUAUCACCGUCAAGGCAGAGAAUUACGUUAUGCCCAAAUACCAGACUUGGUGGCCUCUCCUGUAGGUGUAGGGGGGCAUGGACCACCACCUGGAAUGCCCCCUUCUGGUCCACCUCCUCCACUUUCAUCCUCCAUGGGACAGCCAUCAAAUAUAUUCACACCACAAGGCCAGGCUCCAAGUACUCAGCCUCAUCUCCAUAGCGACAGCCAAAAUGUGAACCUCCAGCCACAUCUAGCGGGGCAUCAUGGCCAGCUACCAACUUCAUCUUCAGUCUUCCAGCCUGUCAGGUCUCAUUGGUUCUACAGCAAACAUGUGGAAGGCAAGGAACUAUGGAAGCCAUUUUCAUACAAAGAUGCUGCACGCUUAGAGGAUGCUCUGCAUAGAAGAGCCACUGCCUCAGGUUCAGAAAUCAUAGUGCCAACACAGGGAGGAAGGUAUGAUGUGGAUGUUAUCAAACGACAACAAUUUGCUGUAUAUUGGGAUGAAGAACCCUCGUCAGUAACAAGAAGUUCUUGGUUCUACAAGCCCGAAGGUGCUGCCAGGUUCCUGCCAUAUGAUGAACAGUUUUGUGCCAGGUUGGAGGAAGAAUACCAGGCAGCUGUGAUGAACAAUGUGUGGCCCAGGAAGCUUCAAAUUGAUGAAGGAACAAUUGUCAUGCACAGCCCAUACACAAUUGAACACUAUUCUACAAAUUCUAUCCCAGAUGAAUAUGGAACUAUUCCUCUGCAUUCAAGAGCAAGAUGUGUUAUAAGAGGCACACAGGACUUUGAAGAUAUCGAAGAAGGUAAGACUAUUUUCACUAAUCACUUUGUCCNACGUUACAAAAGUUGGAAGCUCCACUUCACUAUGACUUAUGUUUUAAUUUAA